AUGUCUGACAGUCGUUCUCGCAGAAUCGGAAAAGAAUUAGCCGAUGUACGUCGGGAUACACAAGCUGGAAUCCAAGUUUGGACCGUGAAUGAAUCCGACAUAUCUCGACUCAAGGGAAUGUUUAAGGGCCCGCCUGAUACUGCUUAUGAAGGUGGUUACUACACUGUCGAUGUCGAAAUUCCCAUUGGUAUGAACAUUGAAUAA